GUCCUGCAGCAUGGACCAGUACAACAAGCUGAAGACCAUGCUGCUCAACAUGCAGCCCUCCUACAUGACCCAUCAGGACCAGGGCCAGAACCAGGGCCAGGGCCAGAAGCAGGGCCAGAAGCAGGGCCAGAACCAGGGCCAGAACCAGGGCCAGAAGCAGGGCCAGAAGCAGGGCCAGAACCAGUGCCAGGGUCGUCAGACAGACAUGGCUCAGAGGCAAGCUCUGGUGGAGAGCAUGUUCACAUAUCUGGACAGGAACCUGGACGGUCGCUUGGGAAGCGAUGAGCUGGCGCAGAUCUCUGAGCAGGACCAUCUUGUAGACAGCAUGCUGGAGUGCACCAUGCAGGAUCUCCUCCGCUACGACGACUACAACAAUGAUGGGCUGCUCACUCUGCACGAGUUCUACACUGCCUUCCCCUUCAGAGUCCCGGUCUUUCCCAGACAAGGCCCAGAUAACCCCUGUUACCAGCCCGGACAGAGCAGGACCCAGACAGCCAUCUGUUGCGUCAUGAAAAAGAACUCUUGGUGAGGAGACUGAGUGUAAUGUAAACCUGAUCCAUAUCUCUGUUAGGCCUUCUCAUGUAUUACCCACUUGCUUACAGAGUGGGAAAUGAAUCCAUAAAUCUAUAAAUGAGAUUUGAAACCAGGGCAUUAGUGCUUCACCUGUCAAUCAAACCAAUUAGCGGGAAAUGUUGGAAGCUCAUUAAAAGCUGGCGAGCCAAAAGAACUGUCAAAUAUAAAAAGAUUACCUCAAGUUCACUGAAUGGAUCUUUGCGUUUUCUUCUCUUACCAGAGACAUAAGAGAAAGCUGCUUUCUUCGGCUCGCAGUUGGUUUAAU